AGCCUGAAUUUAGUAGACAGAAGUCACUAGGAAUGCCUUGACAGUAUCCUGCCUUAGCUAAGGCUCCCUCCAGCUGCAGAGGGUGUUUUUGUUAGUAUCACAAGCUGCGUGAAACUGCUCAGAAUAGAGCCAUGAUCUCAACCACGAAAUGGGAACUUAGAUUUUGGAGAAACUAACGGGGACGGACUUCUUUCCUAGCCUGAGUGCUGAGCAGUGUCAUGCCUUGGCGUUUCAGCUCCUCGUUGUCUAGGUGGUGAAAUGACAGAACUCAUUCCCUUCUUCGAUUGGUGACUUUGAAAUAAUCUUUCAUCAAGUUCCAUCUCCUUUACCCUCAUAUGGAAUAUAUCUCUCUGUCUGUUGUUAAACUACGAUGACAUGUCUGUAGCUAUCAGAAAGAGAAGCUGGGAAGAACAUGUGACCCACUGGAUGGGACAGCCUUUUAAUUCUGAUGAUUGUAACACAGCAUGUCAUCAUGGACUAGUAGCUGACAGCUUGCAGGCAAGUAUGGAAAAAGAUGCAACUCUAAAUGUGGACCGCAAAGAAAAGUGUGUUUCACUACCUGACUGCUGUCAUGGAUCAGAGCUGAGAGAUUUUCCUGGGAGGCCAAUGGGUCAUCUUUCAAAGGAUGUGGAUGAAAAUGACAGCCAUGAAGGUGAAGAUGAGUUUCUUUCUCUGGAAGCCAGCACAGAAACACUAGUGCAUGUUUCUGAUGAGGAUACCAAUUCUGAUUUAUGCCUUACAGAUGAUAAACAGGUUUCAAAUACCCAAGGGCAUAAAACAUCAGGCCAACAUAUGAUCGAAGGAGCAGGCUCCUUAGAAAAGGCACUGCCCAUCAUACAAAGUAACCAAGUUUCUUAUAACUCCUGGGGAAUAGCUGGUGAAACUGAAUUAGCACUGGUAAAAGAAAGUGGGGAGAGAAAAGUUACUGACUCUAUAAGUAAAAGCCUGGAGCUUUGCAAUGAAAUAAGCUUAAGUGAAAUAAAAGAUGCACCCAAAGUAAAUGCAGUUGAUACUUUGAAUGUGAAAGAUAUUGCACCUGAGAAACAAUUGCUUAAUUCUGCUGUAAUUGCUCAGCAACGAAGGAAACCUGACCCCCCUAAAGAUGAAAAUGAAAGAAGCACCUGCAAUGUAGUACACGAUGAGUUCUUGGAUAUUACUUGCACAAACAGAGGACUGCCAUUAUUAGAAACAGAUUUUGGAAGCUGCCUUCUGCAGCCUCCUUCCUGCCUCAAUGGAAUGUCAGCUGAAAAUGGCCUGGAGAAGAGUGGUUUUUCACAACAUCAAAACAAAAGUCCACCACAGGUCAAGGCAGAAGAUGGCAUGCAGUGUUUACACUUAAAGGAGACCCUGGCCACCCAGGAACCCACAGAUAACCAAGUCAGACUUCGUAAGAGAAAGGAAGUAAGAGAAGAUCGAGAUAGGGCGCGGCUGGACUCCAUGGUGCUGCUGAUUAUGAAACUGGACCAGCUUGAUCAGGACAUAGAAAAUGCCCUCAGCACCAGCUCCUCUCCAUCGGACACACCAACAAACCUGCGGCGGCACGUUCCUGAUCUGGAAUCAGGAUCUGAAAGUGGAGCAGAAACCAUUUCAGUAAAUCAGACACGAGUAAAUUUGUCUUCUAACACUGAGUCCAUGGACCUCCCAUCUUCCACCCCGGUGGUCAAUUCUGGAACGAAACCCAAGACUACGGCUAUUCCAGGUAUUUCAGAGAAGGAAAAGGCUGAAAUUGAAGCCAAGGAAGCUUGUGAUUGGCUACGGGCAACUGGUUUCCCCCAGUAUGCACAGCUUUAUGAAGGGUGCAUUUGCACAAGUUACAUUUGGGGUCCCUUCAUGUUCCCAACUCUUUUGAAGCAUAAGCCUACUUUUGGGGUACACUGCGUAUUGUUCUGGGCCAUCGCCUCCCCCCGUUUUUCCUGCCACUGUUUGCUGGAUUUCCUGUUCCCCAUCGAUAUCUCCUUGGUCAAGAGAGAGCAUGAUUUUUUGGACAGAGAUGCCAUUGAGGCUCUAUGCAGGCGUCUAAAUACUUUAAACAAAUGUGCGGUGAUGAAGCUAGAAAUUAGUCCUCAUCGGAAACGAAGUGACGAUUCAGACGAGGAUGAGCCUUGUGCCAUCAGUGGCAAAUGGACUUUCCAAAGAGACAGCAAGAGGUGGUCCCGGCUUGAAGAGUUUGAUGUCUUUUCUCCAAAACAAGACCUAGUCCCUGGGUCCCCAGACGACUCCCACCCAAAGGACGGCCCCAGCCCCGGAGGCACGCUGAUGGACCUCAGCGAGCGCCAGGAGGUGUCUUCCGUCCGCAGCCUCAGCAGCACUGGCAGCCUCCCCAGCCACGCGCCCCCCAGCGAGGAUGCUGCCACCCCCCGGACUAACUCCGUCAUCAGCGUUUGCUCUUCCAGCAACUUGGCAGGCAAUGACGACUCUUUCGGCAGCCUGCCGUCUCCCAAGGAACUGUCCAGCUUCAGCUUCAGCAUGAAAGGCCACGAAAAAACUGCCAAGUCCAAGACGCGCAGUCUGCUGAAACGGAUGGAGAGCCUGAAGCUCAAGGGCUCCCACCACAGCAAGCACAAAGCGCCCUCAAAGCUGGGGUUGAUCAUCAGCGGGCCCAUCCUGCAAGAGGGGAUGGAUGAGGAGAAGCUGAAGCAGCUCAACUGCGUGGAGAUCUCUGCCCUCAACGGCAACCGCAUCAACGUCCCCAUGGUACGAAAGAGGAGCGUUUCCAACUCCACGCAGACCAGCAGCAGCAGCAGCCAGUCGGAGACCAGCAGCGCGGUCAGCACACCCAGCCCCGUUACCAGGACCCGGAGCCUCAGUGCCUGCAACAAGCGGGUGGGCAUGUACCUAGAGGGCUUCGAUCCUUUCAGUCAGUCAACAUUUAACAACGUGAUGGAGCAGAACUUUAAGAACCGCGAGAGUUACCCAGAGGACACAGUGUUCUACAUCCCUGAAGAUCACAAGCCUGGCACUUUCCCCAAAGCUCUCACCAAUGGCAGUUUCUCCCCCUCGGGGAAUAACGGCUCUGUGAACUGGAGGACGGGAAGCUUCCACGGCCCUGGCCACAUCAGCCUCAGGAGGGAAAACAGCAGCGACAGCCCCAAGGAACUGAAGAGGCGCAAUUCUUCCAGCUCCAUGAGCAGCCGCCUGAGCAUCUACGACAACGUGCCGGGCUCCAUCCUCUACUCCAGUUCAGGGGACCUGGCGGAUCUGGAGAACGAGGACAUCUUCCCCGAGCUGGACGACAUCCUCUACCACGUGAAGGGGAUGCAGCGGAUAGUCAACCAGUGGUCGGAGAAGUUUUCUGAUGAGGGAGAUUCGGACUCAGCCCUGGAUUCGGUCUCUCCCUGCCCAUCCUCUCCAAAACAGAUACACCUGGAUGUGGACAACGACCGAACCACACCCAGCGACCUGGACAGCACAGGCAACUCCCUGAAUGAACCGGAAGAACCCUCCGACAUCCCGGAAAGAAGGGAUUCUGGGGUUGGGGCUUCCCUAACCAGGUCCAACAGGCACCGACUGAGAUGGCACAGUUUCCAGAGCUCACAUCGGCCAAGCCUCAACUCUGUAUCACUACAGAUUAACUGCCAGUCUGUGGCCCAGAUGAACCUGCUGCAGAAAUACUCACUCCUAAAGCUAACGGCCCUGUUGGAGAAAUAUACACCUUCUAACAAGCAUGGUUUUAGCUGGGCCAUGCCCAAGUUCAUGAAGAGGAUCAAGGUUCCAGACUACAAGGACCGGAGUGUGUUCGGGGUCCCACUGACGGUCAACGUGCAGCGCACAGGACAGCCGUUGCCUCAGAGCAUCCAGCAGGCCAUGCGAUACCUCCGGAACCAUUGUUUGGAUCAGGUUGGGCUCUUCAGAAAAUCGGGGGUCAAGUCCCGGAUUCAGGCUCUGCGCCAGAUGAAUGAAGGUGCCAUAGACUGUGUCAACUACGAAGGACAGUCUGCUUAUGACGUGGCAGACAUGCUGAAGCAGUAUUUUCGAGAUCUUCCUGAGCCACUAAUGACGAACAAACUCUCGGAAACCUUUCUACAGAUCUACCAAUAUGUGCCCAAGGACCAGCGCCUGCAGGCCAUCAAGGCUGCCAUCAUGCUGCUGCCUGACGAGAACCGGGAGGUUCUGCAGACCCUGCUUUAUUUCUUGAGCGAUGUCACAGCAGCCGUAAAAGAAAACCAGAUGACCCCAACCAACCUGGCCGUGUGCUUAGCACCUUCUCUCUUCCAUCUCAACACCCUGAAGAGAGAGAAUUCCUCUCCCAGAGUAAUGCAAAGAAAACAAAGUUUGGGCAAACCAGAUCAGAAAGAUUUGAAUGAAAACCUAGCUGCCACUCAAGGGCUGGCCCAUAUGAUCGCCGAGUGCAAGAAGCUUUUCCAGGUUCCUGAGGAAAUGAGCCGAUGUCGUAAUUCCUAUACCGAACAAGAGCUGAAGCCCCUCAGUCUGGAAGCACUCGGGCACCUGGGUAAUGAUGACUCAGCUGACUACCAACACUUCCUCCAGGACUGUGUGGAUGGCCUGUUUAAAGAAGUCAAAGAGAAGUUUAAAGGCUGGGUCAGCUACUCCACUUCGGAGCAGGCUGAGCUGUCCUAUAAGAAGGUGAGCGAAGGACCCCCUCUGAGGCUUUGGAGGUCAAUCAUUGAAGUCCCUGCUGUGCCAGAGGAAAUCUUAAAGCGCCUACUUAAAGAACAGCACCUCUGGGAUGUAGACCUGUUGGAUUCAAAAGUGAUUGAAAUUCUGGACAGCCAAACUGAAAUUUACCAGUAUGUCCAAAACAGUAUGGCACCUCAUCCUGCUCGAGACUACGUUGUUUUAAGAACCUGGAGGACUAAUUUACCCAAAGGAGCCUGUGCCCUUUUACUAACCUCCGUGGAUCACGAUCGGGCACCUGUGGUGGGUGUGAGGGUUAAUGUGCUCUUGUCGAGGUAUUUGAUUGAACCCUGUGGGCCAGGAAAAUCCAAACUCACCUACAUGUGCAGAGCUGACUUAAGGGGCCACAUGCCAGAGUGGUACACAAAAUCUUUUGGACAUUUGUGUGCAGCUGAAGUUGUAAAGAUCCGGGAUUCCUUCAGUAACCAGAACACCGAAACCAAAGACACCAAAUCUAGGUGAUCACUGAAGCAAAGCAACCGCUUCCACCACCAUGGUGUUUGUUUCUAGAACCUUUGCCAGUCCUUGAAGAAUGGGUUCUGUGUCUAAUCCUGAAACAAAGAAAACUACGAGCUGGAGUGUAGGAAUUGACUAUUGCAAUUUGAUAUAUUUUUAAAGCUGCUUCCUGUUUGUUGAGGGUCUGUAUUCAUGGACCUUGACUGGAAUAUGUAAGACUGCAAAAAAAAAAAAAAAAAGUAUGUGUAUUGUUAUUCAAAUUGCUUCUGAGAAGCAAAACUCUUUAAAUACAUUAUGGAAGAUAAUGAAGAUACUUCAUUCUCUUGUGAUACCGGUGUAUGCGUACUGUGUUGCUUUAUUUGCAGUGUGUUGAGGGACUGGUGUAUCCACUGGAAUAGUUGGUACUCUUUGACAUGUUUUCUCACCAAGAUGAGCAAAGAAAGGUUUGCACAGAGGAGUGUGAAUGUGUGUUUGUUGCUGGCUGAAUGGCAAUAGAUGUCUAAGGUGGAUUCAGUGUCUGGCACACUGAGACACCUCCAAGAAGGAGAUUGAUGCGUCAGGUUCAGUUUAACCUGGAAUAUCUGACUACCCCUGAAUCCACCCAGAAAGGGGGCCCAACACCCUUGUCCAUUUAUGGGUUUUUUUUUUUCCAAGUUAUUAAGCAUAUUCCUUCUCCACCAACCUCUUCUGUACUUUGAUUGUAAUAGAUUGGCUCUUACACCCAUUCCAAAUGCAGUUUAUUUUUAGACCCGAUUGCAAAUAGUGAUGUAGUUUUAACCAGUAUGGAUUAGUUUAGGGAUGAACUGCUCCCUCCAGCCUUACUGGCUCUGAUCCACAGAGUUUUGUUUUUUGUUUAAGUCGAGAUAUAAAAACUGAACACGGUAACACUUACUCUUAAAUCAAGCAUCAAAAACUCUUCCCUGUUAGAAUUCUUUGCAUUUUUGUGUUUGUAACAGAAACGCCUUAAGAUACUAUGUUUGGGAAUAUAGGAAACUAUGUGUGUCCCAAGGAAAUCCCUAUAAAUUUAACCCACCUACGAAAGGCUUUUUCCCCUGCCUUUGGUUGUUAACGGCAUUCCUGAAAGCCACAUGUGUUUAUUCACUGGGCUUGUUCUUAUCAGCAAAUAGGUUUUCUGGUUUUAUGACUUUUUGUCUUAUUUUAUUUUUCCUACAUUUUUUUUUUUUUUCCUUUAGAAUGCCCUUGAAAUAUAUUUAAGUGGUAAUGAAAAAUAGUAAUCAUAGUAAAACACAAGAAGAAGAAAACCAACCCAAACCAGUGAAGUUUUUUAGAACGUUUAGAAGGGUGGUCUUUAUUCAGGUUUUACUGUAAUGGUAAGGAUUGACUCAAGAGACAGUAUUAGUAAAUUUAUUUUGUAUGGAUCAAAAGUGAAUCACGUAUGAAUGAGAGCUGUAAGAAGGAUUUUUAUUUUGUUAUAAUUUAGUUACCAUUUUCAGUGUUAUUUCAAAGGUUCUUUGAAGAAUUUUGGGGCAGGGCGUCAGAUUAGAGUUUUAAAAUUUGAGUAUUUUGGCUAUCAGUGUUCCUUAUGAAGAUAUACAUGGAUAUUCAAUUUUGAUGGCUUCCAGAUUUGUAAGAUUGUAUGUUGUAUAUACCAUUCUAUUAAGAAACAUGUCCACUGUGCUUUCAAACAUAGAUAAAGCAUGAUAAAGAUUAUUAUUUAAGAUAUACUUGUAUUUAUACCUCAGAUAUUCUUUUGGGUUUUGUACCUCAAGGCUUUUUUCUUCUUAUUGUAAAUACACUUUACGUGAAUACAGUCUAAGUGAAGAAAAUAAAUAAAAGGAAGAGGUUUAUAACUUGCUCUAUAUCUGUACAGAAUAUAAUCAAUAAGUGCACUAUUAUUAAAUGUUUAAAGUAAGGGAAAAGUCUGGGCUGCCUUCCUUAAUAUUGCAUCUCACUCCCACUCUUAAAACCACAGAUUGCAAAGCAUAGCAUUUUAGCAUCAACUACAAUCAAAAGAGCAAUUAGCUGAAGGAAAAAUCGGACUGCAAAUCAUUCCAAGGCCAAACUGCAACUGAGCCACCCACUCCCAAACAGGAAACCCUGGUGAAGGUUCAGGAAGCACAGAGAUUCUCUCCAAACAAAGGUCCAGUUAGGAAACGACGCUGAGAGGAAUGAUGAGAACGUGCAACAACAGAAAGAUGCUCCCAAGCAGAGUCAGGGUCACUGAUGAAUGCCACAAAAGGUCUCUUUCCCACUGUUCAAUUUGACAAGAGGAGAAUUUGAAGGAUAUGAACAUUUUCAAGAACUCUGCUGAGGUCACUUAGAGCGCCAUCACAACUUAUUUGUGUGACUAAUUGCCUAGAUUGUAAGCUCUUUGAGGGCAGUGCUCGUCUCCUACACAUCUUUAUAAUCCCCUGCAGCGGCUUUCAGUAUUUUGUACUUAUAGGCACCUAAUAAAUUUAUUAUUUGCUAAACUGAA